CAACUUGUACAUUUUCAAACUGUCUGUUGCUCCUGUUUCCACAAGACCUACCUCUCUUCUCCACCCCCACCUUCAAACACCCUUGCAUUUAGGUACAGUACCCUGUAUUUUAUAUUCUUUUGGAUAUUAGAACCCUCAAAGAAGCAUGAUCGAUAGAUAAUUUACCUUGUUAAAAUACAUGAAUUCUUUCAGAUUGUUCUGUGAGGACAGAGAUGGUGUUGGUAAGUGUAAGAAUGUUCCACCUGGUACUGUUGUGGAUUCUGGGAUCACACAUCCAAGUGAGCGAGAUUUCUAUCUCUGCUCUCAUCAAGGUAUUCAAGGUACCAGCAAACCAACUCAUUACCAUAUUCUGUGGGAUGACAAUGAUAUGACAAUGGAUGAUAUACAGAUGCUAACCUACAGUUUAUGCCAUCUGUACUUUCGUUGUACAAGAUCUGUCUCCCUUCCAAGCCCUGCGUACUAUGCUCAUUUGGCUGCUUUCAGGUAAAUGUCUAUGAUUGUUUACAUAUAUAUAUAUCUCAGGAGAGUAUUGAAAUUUUCUUAGUUUUCAAGCCACUUAUUGCUUAAUACGGGGUGGAAGUAAUCAAGGGUUAACACACACCGGACAUUUAUUUUCCUUUUUCUUGUGCCUUCCAUUCAUUCAUGCAGACUGCUGCUUCCUGGAUAUCUAUUCCUUUCAUUUAUAUGUCCUUCACUCUAUCUAUCUGAAUCAUAUAGUUUUUCCUUGACUCCAAGAGAUCACCAUAGUUGAUCAAUGCAUGCAACUGGGGUAAGCAUUACUAAUAUAUUUUAUGUUAUUAUUUUCUGUAUAAUGUAUAUCCAUAAUAUAAAUAUAUAUAAUGGAAUGUGUGCUCAUUUUUUACAGUAACAUACAUACAGUAUGUAUAGCCACCAGCUUAUGCAAGUUAAAAUCUCUAAAUAUUUACCCUAAGCACAUUUUAUUAAGAUAUUUUUUAGAAUAAUUUAUAAAUUACCACAGGCAUGGGUGUACUGUGGAGGGACUGUUUCACCCCUCCUUUCCCUUCACCUUUGUUAAUGAAGGGGUUUUUGUCAGAUCAUCUUAAUUUAACAUGCCAAAGUUCCCUGUUCAAAAGGAUGAUUUCACGGUGUCCUGCCAUAAUGAAAAAUUUCUGUUUCACGUGGUGAUAAUUGGAUGAUAUAUGUUAA